UCGGUGGCUGCUAGCUGCGUUUUUCUCCUCUUCUAUUCUCCACACAAUUUCUCUCUCCCCUCUCUCUCUCUUCCUCACACACUUUCUCUCUCAAGAAAUCUCUCUUCUUUGCACACUGUAGCGUAGCCAUGGCUUUCAGAAUGGGAGUGGGAAGGGGAAAUGCUUCUUCUGGCAUGGGUGUUGCUGAGCAUAGCAUAAACACAUACCUGGAACUGCAGAGGAAGAAAGUUUAUCGCUAUGUGAUUUUUAAGAUUGAUGAGAAAAAGAAAGAGGUUGUGGUUGAAAAAACUGGAGGCCCUGCUGAGAGCUAUGAUGAUUUUACUGCAUCCUUGCCUGAAAAUGAUUGCCGAUAUGCUGUCUUCGACUUUGAUUUUGUGACAUCUGAGAACUGCCAAAAGAGCAAAAUCUUUUUUAUUGCAUGGUCUCCUUCGGUGGCUCGCAUUCGUCCGAAGAUGCUUUAUGCAACAUCCAAGGACAGGUUUAGAAGGGAGCUGCAGGGCAUCCAUUAUGAAAUUCAGGCAACGGACCCAACAGAGAUGGAUCUUGAAGUCCUCAGAGACCGUGCAAACUGAGCUGCUACACCGGAGGUUUAUACCUUGGUGAUGUAUUUAGGAUAUCUGACAACUCAGGGAAUGAUGUUGACUGAUACCCUUAAGUUUUAGUAUGGUCUUUUCUGUUGGAUACAUUUCACAUAAAUAACUUAUCAUCAUUUAUCAAGUAAAUAACCUACACCUCUGAAGGCUGAUUAGGGGUUCCUACCUAAGAAACCCCACUGCAGGGGAAUUUGACCUCUUCCUUAUUGCCAUGAUGCUUCUCAGGUGCAGAUUAAUAUAAUUAUGAUGAUUAUUGAAAAUUCGACUUCUGUUUAUGCAAUUCAAAUUCUGUCAUCGGAAGCAAUUGAUGAAUCUAGUUUGUUGCAUG